GCCGCCCGCAGCGCGUUCAGUCUCCGAGUGCCUACCGUCCGAACUGGUGUGUACGCGCGCGCGCGCGUCUGUCGUUCUCGUCGUGCCCGUGUGUGUUCCGUGUGCGUUGUUCGUAUUUCAUGUAUACAAUUAUAUAUGCGGUGUUCGUGCGUGCGGAUUUUAGCGGUGCGCUCGCGAGUGCGCGUCACCAUCACGGAUAAUAAUCGUAGUAACAACGGUAGUACCGAAUACCUGUACGGUUCGACUGCGUGUGUUUCUAUCUCUGUUCUCCGGUCGUAACGUUCUCGACCAUGCUCGUUCGUUGAUGUCUCUGUUCCGCGCACGCUCACCACCACCCACCGCCGUCGGUUCGCGAAUGGUGGCGGUACGGUGAUAACACGACGGGGGUUGCUUUUCCCAUUUUUUCUCCCGCUCUUUCCCCCUCUUUCUCUGUUCACACCGCCGCCCUAACCGUACCUAACCAUGGCGCUCACGUUCGCCGCCGUUCUCAUGAGUUCGGUGCUCCUGGUCAUGUCCGCGUCGCUCAGCAAAACCCUCCGGCACAAGCCGCCCAACGAGUGCGAGUGGCUGGCCGUGACCACGUACGGUGAUGAGACCAUCGUGUCACAGACCGUGUCCGACGAACAAGAGGUGGCGCUGCACUGCCAGGUGCGCACGAUGAACUCCGAGCUGGAGAAGACCAAUUUCAGCAUCAUACAGCCGCAGUACACGGUCAAGCUGAAGAUCGAGUGCAACAAUCAGCUGUACCUGCUCAGUUCGCUGGGCACCGGCACGUUUCAGACGCUCAUCGAUCUCAAAGAGCUUACCAUCGAUUCGUGCAAGCUGAACACGCUGGCCCGCGAGUCGUUCCGCGGGCUCCGGCAGCUGCGCAACCUGACCGUGGUAACGCACAACAACGACUGGACGUCGGUCAACAUGGAAGUGCAGUCGGACGCGUUCCUGGAGGAGCUCAACAUGCUGGAACGGCUCGACCUGAGCUAUAACAACAUGGCCAAGCUACCGGAAGCCGUGUUCUGCUCGCUCCAGAACCUCGUCUACCUGAACCUGACGCGCAACCGGCUCCGGCACCUGGAACUGUUUCACUUCGGGUCGUCCGGGCAGCAGAAGUGCGGCGCUACCCUCCAAGUGCUCGACUUGUCCCACAACAACUUUGACUCGGUCAACUCCCAAGUGUUCUCGCACUUGUCCAACCUGCAGGAACUGUACCUGCAGGGCAACGUGUUGUCCGUGAUCGGCGACCACGGUUUCGACGGUAUGUCCGCGUUGUCCGUGCUCAACGUCGCCUCUAAUCGGCUGGUCAACCUGGCACCCGAACUGUUCGCCGACACCCGUGAACUCCGCGAGAUGUACUUGCAGAACAACACAAUCAACGUUCUUGCACCCGGGCUGUUCAACGAGCUGUCCCGGCUACUGGUGCUCGAUCUGUCCGAAAAUCAGUUAACGGAAGAAUGGGUGAAUGCGGCAACGUUCACCGGUCUCGUGCGCCUGGUGCUGUUGAGCCUCUCCAACAACAACAUAACUAAAUUGGACGCGACGAUAUUCAGAGAUUUAUUCCGGCUACGGUCGUUACGGCUGGAUAAUAACGGUGUUCAACACUUGCCGGAAAACGUGUUUUCCACGCUGAUAGACAUGAGAACGUUGGUGCUGUCCAGCAACAAAUUAACCAGAAUCGAUCAGUUCACGUUCGACGGUCUACCCUCGUUGAACCAACUGUCGUUGGACAACAAUCAAAUACAGUACAUCGAUCCCGAGGCGCUGAGGAACUCCACCGAUCUGGAAUAUUUGCACCUAAACGGCAACAAACUGUACGAUAUACCGGCGGUCCUCAACAACGUUCCAAAUCUUAAAACGUUAGACCUAGGCUACAAUCAGAUUACCGACAUAUUCAACACGUCGUUUCCGGCCAUGAGCCAGUUAAUCGGGCUGAAACUGUUGAAAAAUCAAAUAUCAAACGUAUCCAAAGGCGUUUUCGACCGAUUACCGGAACUGCAUCUAAUCAACUUAGCCAACAACAAAAUCCAAAAAAUUGAACCCGGCACUUUUGACAAUAACACAAGACUGGUAGCUGUCAGAGUGGACGGAAACUACUUACGCGACGUCGGCGGUCUGUUUUCCAAACUGUCGAACCUCGUAUGGUUGAACAUAUCUGAAAACUUUUUGGAAUGGUUCGAUUACGCUUUGAUACCGACGGGACUCCAGUGGUUAGACAUACACGGCAAUCAGAUCACCGAACUGGGAAAUCAUUACGAAUUGGAAACGCAACUAACUGGAUUCGACGCCAGCAACAAUAAACUGACCGAAGUCACCGGGAGUUCUAUUCCGGACAAAGUGCAAAAUCUCUAUUUGUCCAACAAUCAGAUAUCCAAAAUUCAGUCGUACGCGUUUUUCAAGAAGCCAAAUUUGACACAGGUCGAUCUGACCGGAAACCGUCUGAGAACGCUCAACCCGCAAUCGUUGAGGAUAUCCACCGUGCCAGGUGGUCGACCGAUGCCGCAGUUCCUGGUCGGCAACAAUCCGUUCGUAUGCGACUGUUCAAUGCAAUGGCUGCAGGCGUACAGCGUGGAACCCGACAGGAACAAGCCGAAACUGGUCGACCUGGAGACAGCCACGUGCGAGGUGAUAUACAACCGCGGCGAGUCCCGGGUGCUACUAAAAGAGGCGUCCGAAGAACAGUUCCUGUGCCAGUACGACAUGGAGUGCGCCAAGCGCAGCACUUGCGACUGUUGCGAUUUCGACGCGUGCGACUGCAAAAUGAUUUGUCCAACGAACUGCACGUGUUUCCAUAGCGUCAGCUCGACGUCCAACGUAGUCGACUGCUCGGGUGCGGGUUACGUGAACAGAGUGCCGGACAAGAUACCGAUGAACACUACGGUCCUGUACUUGGACGGCAACACCGUCAGGACGUUGAGCACGCACGCGUUUCUGGGCAGAAAGAUACUGAAAGUGCUCUACUUGAACUCGUCGAAUGUAGAACGCGUGCAAAACCGCACGUUCCUGGGGCUGAAAGAGCUGGAAGUGCUGCACCUCGACGACAACCGCGUGUCGACGCUGCACGGCGACGAGUUCUACGGGCUGGACAAACUCAAAGAGCUCUAUCUGAACCACAACCGGAUCACGUACGUCAACGGCACGACAUUCCGGUUUUUGCAGCAGCUAACUGUGCUGCGGCUGGAUCACAACCGGAUCGUCCAGUUCCCGGUUUGGCGACUGUCACCCACGCUCACGCAGCUCACUGUGGCCGAGAACCACUGGAGCUGCGCGUGCGACUUCGUCCAGCAAAUGAAAGAGUUCCUACAGUAUGCCGCGGACGCGGUAACGGACGCCGACCAAGUCCGUUGUCUCGACCAUUCCGGCGGGUUCAACAUAUUCAGCGACAACGGGACCGCGGUGUGCGGCACGACGGCCACGCCGCCGCAGCCCGAUAAACCGUUUAAUGGCUCGUCCAACAUGAUCGAGGGGGCCCUGAACAGCGGCGGAAACUUGACCACACCCAUCAAGACCGUCGUCCAGAGGCCCGACAUCCUGGACUACGUGCCCAUCUUAAUCGUCUCCUUCUCGGCCGUGUUCUUCAUCGUGGUUACCGCCAUGGUAGUGUACGUAUUCCGGCACGAGAUGAAGGUCUGGUGCCACUCGCGGUUCGGCGUGCGGAUAUUCUGCAAGAGCACCGAGUUCGAGAUGGACGAGCGGGACAAACUGUUCGACGCAUUCGUCAGCUACAGUUCCAAAGACGAGGCGUUCGUCGUCGAGGAACUGGCCCCGAUACUAGAAAACGGUGAUCCGUCGUACAAGCUGUGCCUGCACUAUAGGGAAUUCCCCGCUGGCGGCUACAUAUCCGAUACGAUCGUACAAGCGGUCGAAUCGUCCAAACGCACGAUAAUGGUGCUGUCGGAGAACUUCAUCAAGUCUGAGUGGUGCCGGUUCGAGUUCAAAUCCGCGCACCAUCAGGUACUCCGGGACAAGAGGAAGAGACUGAUCGUUAUACUGCUGGGAGAGGUGCCCAACAAGGACCUGGACCCGGACAUUCGACUUUACCUCAAAACCAAUUCGUACCUGCAAUGGGGCGACAAGCAUUUCUGGGAGAAAUUAAAGUUCGCGCUCCCGGACGUUCCCAACAACCAGAGACCGAAGGCCAUCAAUCACAAACAUCACCAUCAUCAUCAUCACCACCACAACAGAGGGGUGCACAACAACUAUUCUAGACCGCUAGCCAUACAUAUAUAGUAUACACGGUACGAAAACUUAUCUUGCCUAAUAAUUAAAUUUGUGAUAUUAGAUAGUGACUAUUUUGUAUAAAAAAAAAUGAAAAAAUACAUGUACAGUUUGUAAAUAUGGCUUAACGCCAACCAUUCCUGCUUAAUUAUUGUACGUUUACGAUAAAAGUUAAGAUGAUUCUUUUAUAACCUUUUUUUAAUAUUUUCUUUAUGUAAAAAUAAAAAUGUAAAGAUCGUAAAUAAAAUUCUCUCUCAGUCAUUACUAUUAGGUUAAAACUAUUAUAUAUAUAUAUUUUUUUCAUGUAUAUCUUAAAUUCCAACGUGUGUUAGCCCUUAAAAAUGUAUUAAAUUAUUAUUUAACUCAUUGACUGCAAAUUUUUGUAUAUUUUUAAUACGAUAUAAUUAUUAUUUUUAUUCUACUAUUUUUUAAAUUAUAUUAAAUAAAAAUACUAUUUUUGAUAAGAGAGUUGCCAUCUAUACAAACUAUUUGCAGACAAAGAUUUAAAUGACGAUUUUUGAAACAAAUCGCGGGGUUAGUUACCUAGUCUAAGAAAUAUCUUGUUCUUUUGGUAGUCUUAUGUUUAAAACUAUUAACCCGAUUUAAUGUAAAAUCUAUGUUUCGUACGAAAUGUUAGAACUAAAAACAAUGCCAUUUUUACUAUUGUUUUUUUUAUUAUUAUUAUUUAUUUUCUUGUAAUGAAGACUACGCAUUUCUAGGCACUAGAACAUUGUUGUGAUAUAUUUUUGUUAAUUUGAAUGGCUGGUGAUCGAAAAAAAAAUCGAAAUCCCA